UACGUCAUUGGAAUACAUGGACCCGUCCCGGAUGCCGUACUAAACCCGGACAGGAUGUGGCUUUGAAGUACGUUACCAAAAUGUGUUAGCUAAGAACAACGACUUGUAAGCAUCAUGACAAAAACAUGUUCCCCCAAGAAAAAAUAGCAUUUGUAUCAAAGUAGAGGAUCGUGGCGGGGAUGUGGCUACGUUAUGGGAAACGUUUUCGGGAGAAAGAGUCGCCCUUCUCGAGUUACAGAACAAGACCGAGCGAUUCUGCAACUGAAACAGCAGAGAGAUAAACUUAAGCAUUACCAGAAGAGAGUCACCCUGCAGCUGGAGAAGGAGAGGAGUCUGGCCAAGCAGCUGCUGAAGGAUGGAAAGAAAGAAAAGGCACUGGUUCUUCUCAAGAAGAAGCGUUAUCAGGAUCAACUGCUAGACAAGACUGAGAAGCAGAUAUCAAACCUGGAACGCAUGGUUCAAGACAUUGAGUUUGCCCAGAUCGAGAUGAAAGUCAUUGAGGGGCUGAAGGUUGGAAAUGACUGUCUGAAGAGUAUGCAUGAGGCCAUGUCACUAGAGGACGUGGAGAGGAUCAUGGAUGAGACCCAGGAUGCUAUAGAAUACCAGAGGCAAAUAGAUGAGAUGCUGUCAGGCUCCCUGACUCAGGAGGAUGAGGAUGCUGUGCUAUCUGAGCUGGAGGCUAUCACUCAGGGUGAAGAUGUAGAACUACCAGAGGUCCCCACUGAGCCUCUACCAGAGGUCCCAGAACCAGCUGAGACAGAGCCAGAGAGAAGACCAGCAAGGAACAAGGAGAACAGAGAGAUGCUGGCAGCGUAGAGACAAGACUCAACAAUAACAACAGUAGAUGGAGCUAGUCCAACUGACUCAAUAACAGUAGCUGUGGAUGGAGCUAGUCCAACUGACUCAAUAACAGUAGCUGUGGAUGGAGCUAGUCCAACUGACUCAAUAACAGUAGCUGUGGAUGGAGCUAGUCCAACUGACUCAAUAACAACAACAGUAGCUGUGGAUGGAGCUAGUCCAACUGACUCAACAACAUCAACAGUAGCUGUGGAUGGAGCUAGUCCAACUGACUCAACAACAUCAACAGUAGCUGUGGAUGGAGCUAGUCCAACUGACUCAAUAACAACAGCUGUGGAUGGAGCUAGUCCAACUGACUCAAUAACAACAGCUGUGGAUGGAGCUAGUCCAACUGUCUCAACAACAGUAGCUGUGGAUGGAGCUAGUCCAACUGACUCAAUAACAACAACAGUAGCUGUGGAUGGAGCUAGUCCAACUGACUCAACAACAUCAACAGUAGCUGUGGAUGGAGCUAGUCCAUCUGACUCAAUAACAACAGUAGCUGUGGAUGGAGCUAGUCCAACUGACUCAACAACAUCAACAGUAGCUGUGGAUGGAGCUAGUCCAACUGACUCAAUAACAUCAGUAGCUGUGGAUGGAGCUAGUCCAACUGACUCAAUAACAGUAGCUGUGGAUGGAGCUAGUCCAACUGACUCAACAACAUCAACAGUAGCUGUGGAUGGAGCUAGUCCAACUGACUCAACAACAACAACAGUAGCUGUGGAUGGAGCUAGUCCAACUGACUCAACAACAUAAACAGUAGCUGUGGAUGGAGCUAGUCCAACUGACUCAAUAACAACAGUAGCUGUGGAUGGAGCUAGUCCAACUGACUCAACAACAUCAACAGUAGCUGUGGAUGGAGCAAGUACAACUGACUCAACAACAUCAACAGUAGCUGUGGAUGGAGCUAGUCCAACUGACUCAAUAACAACAAUAUCAACAGUAGCUGUGGAUGGAGCUAGUCCAACUGACUCAACAACAUCAACAGUAGCUGUGGAUGGAGCUAGUCCAACUGACUCAACAACAUCAACAGUAGCUGUGGAUGGAGCUAGUCCAACUGACUCAACAACAACAACAGUAGCUGUGGAUGGAGCUAGUCCAACUGACUCAACAACAACAAUAUCAACAGUAGCUGUGGAUGGAGCUAGUCCAACUGACUCAACAACAACAAUAUCAACAGUAGCUGUGGAUGGAGCUAGUCCAACUGACUCAACAACAUCAACAGUAGCUGUGGAUGGAGCUAGUCCAACUGACUCAACAACAUCAACAGUAGCUGUGGAUGGAGCUAGUCCAACUGACUCAAUAACAACAACAGUAGCUGUGGAUGGAGCUAGUCCAACUGACUCAACAACAACAGUAGCUGUGGAUGGAGCUAGUCCAACUGACUCAACAACAUGAACAGUAGCUGUGGAUGGAGCUAGUCCAGCUGACUCAAUAACAACAACAGUAGCUGUGGAUGGAUCUAGUCCAACUGACUCAACAACAACAGUAGCUGUGGAUGGAGCUAGUCCAACUGACUCAAUAACAACAUCAGUAGCUGUGGAUGGAGCUAGUCCAACUGACUCAACAACAUCAGUAGCUGUGGAUGGAGCUAGUCCAACUGACUCAACAACAUCAACAGUAGCUGUGGAUGGAGCUAGUCCAACUGACUCAAUAACAACAGCUGUGGAUGGAGCUAGUCCAACUGUCUCAACACAGUAGCUGUGGAUGGAGCUAGUCCAACUGACUCAGUAACAACAACAGUAGCUGUGGAUGGAGCUAGUCCAACUGACUCAACAACAUCAACAGUAGCUGUGGAUGGAGCUAGUCCAACUGACUCAAUAACAACAGUAGCUGUGGAUGGAGCUAGUCCAACUGACUCAAUAACAACAGUAGCUGUGGAUGGAGCUAGUCCAACUGACUCAAUAACAACAGUAGCUGUGGAUGGAGCUAGUCCAACUGACUCAACAACAUCAACAGUAGCUGUGGAUGGAGCAAGUCCAACUGACUCAACAACAUCAACAGUAGCUGUGGAUGGAGCAAGUCCAACUGACUCAACAACAUCAACAGUAGCUGUGGAUGGAGCUAGUCCAACUGACUCAACAACAACAAUAAUCACAGCAGCUGUGGAUGGAGCUAGUCCAACUGACUCAACAACAUCAACAGUAGCUGUGGAUGGAGCUAGUCCAACUGACUCAACAACAUCAACAGUAGCUGUGGAUGGAGCUAGUCCAACUGACUCAAUAACAACAACAAUAUCAACAGUAGCUGUGGAUGGAGCUAGUCCAACUGACUCAACAACAACAAUAUCAACAGUAGCUGUGGAUGGAGCUAGUCCAACUGACUCAACAACAUCAACAGUAGUUGUGGAUGGAGCUAGUCCAACUGACUCAACAACAUCAACAGUAGCUGUGGAUGGAGCUAGUCCAACUGACUCAAUAACAACAACAGUAGCUGUGGAUGGAGCUAGUCCAACUGACUCAACAUCAACAGUAGCUGUGGAUGGAGCUAGUCCAACUGACUCAACAACAUCAACAGUAGCUGUGGAUGGAGCUAGUCCAGCUGACUCAAUAAACAACAACAGUAGCUGUGGAUGGAGCUAGUCCAACUGACUCAACAACAACAGUAGCUGUGGAUGGAGCUAGUCCAACUGACUCAAUAACAACAACAGUAGCUGUGGAUGGAGCUAGUCCAACUGACUCAAUAACAACAUCAGUAGCUGUGGAUGGAGCUAGUCCAACUGACUCAAUAACAACAACAGUAGCUGUGGAUGGAGCUAGUCCAACUGACUCAACAACAACAACAGUAGCUGUGGAUGGAGCUAGUCCAACUGACUCAACAACAGUAGCUGUGGAUGGAGCUAGUCCAACUGACUCAACAACAACAACAGUAGCAGCUGUGGAUGAAGCUAGUCCAACUGACUCAAUAACAACAACAGUAGCAGCUGUGGAUGGAGCUAGUCCAUCUGACUCAACAACAUCAACAGUAGCUGUGGAUGGAGCUAGUCCAACUGACUCAACAACAGUAGCUGUGGAUGGAGCUAGUCCAACUGACUCAACAACAACAACA